CUUUCACAUGAAACAGUGUUGCGCGUUACUCUAACUGGUUGUGUUGUGUUGUGUGUGUUUUAAGAUACCAGCUGUAAAUAUGAUCUUCUCCGUCCAGAAGAUGCUCUUUUCGUGUGUUGUCUGUGGGAUGGUGCUGUUGACGGCCGCUCAAAAUGAAUAUCUGCCACCCAGCAAGGGUUAUCUGUAUCCGACGCCGAGCAAACCGUUCACACCUGUCAAGCCAACACCUCCACCAAUCAGAACGACCACACCCAGAAAUGGCUAUUUGCCCCCAGUGACACAACCUUCACCAACACCCCCUCGCCCUACUCAUGAGCCUCAUCAUCCACACCAUGAAGAUCACCAUGACCACCAUGACCAUCAUGAUCAUCAUGAUCACCAUCACCAUGAACCUGGUAUGCCCUUCGACUUCGCCUACGCUGUCAAUGAAGACGGUAAUGAUUACAGCCACAACGCCAAAUCAGACGGUGACGUCACUCGCGGGGAAUACAGGAUCGCGUUGCCCGACGGACGCACUCAGAUCGUGAGAUAUACAGCCGAUUGGAAAAACGGAUUUAAUGCCGAGGUUUCCUAUGAAGGAGAAGCGCGGUAUCCCGAUCAACCCAACGGUUUUCCCGCAGGACCCUCCAAAACAUACGUCCCACCAAACCAAGGCUAUCAUUACUAAAAAAUAAAACCACAACCUUCUAGAUUCUAGAACAAUUAUGAGAGCGCAAAAACUACGCCAUCUAGUUGUUAAAAUCCAUACUAAAAUAUAAAUGUUUACGGCUAUGGCUAUUUAACGAGUGCUAAAAUCUGAAGUAUUGCAAAUAAGUUACCUAAACGAGUUACCAUUAUAAUAAGGGAUUAAAAUUAUAUCAAUUGACUUUAUGGCCACAAAAAUUUAUUGCAAUAUAAAUAGUAUGUAAUAUUAAAGUAACUUAUAAGUAAUUGUAAAAUACUCAUAUCCACUGCCUAAGGAAUAUUUAUUGUGUAGCAAUAUUGACUUACCUAUUGUUAGAAUUAAUGACAGAUAUUUAAUGAACAUGGAACAAAAUUACUUUUUGUAUUGACAUUUUAUAAAUAAAUAUUAUGAAAAUUAAAAUCAUUUUAUUUUAAUCAUUUUAUUAUGGUAUGUAGAUGAUGUCAUAUCUAUGAGUGCACCGACUUAAUAUGCCUGGUAAGUUCUUUUGGUAAACUAAACCUCUUAUCACAGAGUAAGCAGACUUCAUUCUUUUCUCUAUGAGUUCUUUUAAUGUGAUCUGAUCUACGUCCAGAUGUUAUAAACCUUUUACUGCAUAUGUUACACUCAUAUGGCCUUACAUUGUUGUGCAAUCUCAAAUGUUCCAACAAGU